GAAGGAAAGAUGAGAACUCCAAAGAUCCCCCCGCGAUCCGAGACCUGACCAGGUCUCUUCCUCCUCCUUCGUCCGCCGUCUUCACUUCACCGCACGGGUUGACCAAGUCCUCCGCGUGCCCGCCCGCCUUAUACCCCCACUCACGCGCUUUUCCCUCGCGUUUUCCCGGAAUCUUCCUCCUUUUUCCCGGAAAAUAUAAGAAUUACUUCUCGCCCGCCUGUCCCCACCGCCACCCUCCUCCUCCUUCCCCAGUUCCCAUCAUUGACUUCUCGCCUGCGUUCUCAUUCUCUCUCUCCUCUACCGUUUCCUUCCCGCAGAACCCACCCGCGGCUAUAACAUCCGCGAGCUCUCGCCCGGAAACCCAUCCGACCUUCUUCGCUCCUCAACUCCUCCGAUCAGCCGCCGCCCCGCCGCCGCCAUGAACGACCUGUUCUCCCGCUCCUUCUCCCGCUUCCACAGCGACCGGUCGCCCUCCAGGGGCGCCUCCGACCGCGGCUACGACGUCGAGAUGGGCGCCCCGCCGGCGCCGGCCCCCUCCUCCGGGGCCAACCUGGACAAGUUCUUCGAGGACGUGGAGUGCAUCAAGGAGGAGCUGAAGGAGCUGGAGUCGCUCCACCAGAGGCUGCGGUCGUCGCACGAGCAGAGCAAGACGCUGCACAACGCGAGGGCCGUGAAGGACCUGCGGUCGCGCAUGGAGGGCGACGUCACGGCCGCCCUCAAGAAGGCCAAGGUCGUCAAGGUCCGCCUCGAGGCCCUCGACCGGUCCAACGCCGCCAACCGGAGCCUCCCCGGCUGCGGGCCGGGCUCAUCGUCGGACAGGACCCGGACCUCCGUGGUCAGCGGGCUGAGGAAGAAGCUGCAGGACUCGAUGGAGAGCUUCAACGCCCUGAGGCAGCUGAUCUCGUCGGAGUACCGGGAGACCGUCCAGCGCAGGUACUUCACCGUCACCGGCGAGAACCCCGACGAGAGGACGCUCGAUCUCUUGAUCUCAACAGGUGAGAGCGAGACCUUCUUGCAGAAGGCCAUUCAGGAGCAAGGCAGAGGGAGAAUCUUGGACACGAUACAAGAAAUCCAGGAGAGGCACGAUGCCGUCAAGGACAUGGAGAAGAAUCUUAAGGAGCUGCACCAGGUAUUCUUGGACAUGGCCGUGCUGGUGCAGUCUCAGGGCGAGCAGCUGGACGACAUCGAGAGCCACGUGGCGAGAGCUAAUUCGUUUGUGCGAGGUGGCACCGAGCGCCUGCAAACCGCUAGGAAGUUGCAGAAGAACACACGGAAGUGGACAUGUUAUGCCAUCAUAAUUUUGCUAGUGAUUGUUUUGUUUGUGGUACUGUUUACUGUGAAGCCAUGGGAAAAAAAUAACAGCAGCAGCAAUAAUCCACCAGCACCUGUGCUAUCCCCUCCGCCGCCUGCAGUUUGAGGUUCCUUGCGUUAUUGGUUUAUUCAGUGAUAUACAUAUUGUUCUAUACGAGAUUGUGGUUUCGACACUUGAGGCUUCCCUGUUUAAAUUUGAUUGCUUUAUUCUUUUUGCCUUCAGUCAUAUGAUUUUUGAUGGGGGUAGGUCAUCUGUUCAUGGAAGUACACUAUAAUUUUUAUUCAGUCAGCGGCGAAUUUUUCAGUGA